UUUCCCAUCAGCAGCAACCAUGGUCAGCACCAGAGCCCUUCUCCUCGCCGCCGCCGUCGCAGUCUGCUGCUGCACCGACUUCCUGUGGCUGGCCCAGGCCGAGGACACCUCCGUGGAGGCGCGCUCGCUGGAUUUCACACUGAAAAGACAACAGGAGAAAGAUCUGAUUGAUGCUUUACAAGAGGUCCUGGAGAAGCUGAGGAAUAAAGAGAUACCCUCGGAGAAGAAACUUGGCUGGCUGCCGUCUUGCGACGCAGGGGAGCCGUGCGCCGUGCGUAAAGGUGCACGCAUCGGCACGCUGUGCAGCUGUCCCCGGGGGACUUCCUGUAACUUUUACGUCCUCAAGUGCUUGUGAACGAAAAAGAAAAGUCUUCAUCGGAAGGCCGAGUCUCUAUUUCAUGUGGGAUGAGGACUGUUGUGGAUUUAAUGAAACCUUUUCGUCUUUUGUAAAUUUGGAAUGUUGGCUGCUGGUCACAUCAUUAGGUACACCUGCACAAGCCUGUGAUAUGUACAUUUCACGUGUUUAAUGUGUGUUUUAACUCUUCUGUCCGAUGUUGUUACAAAAGAGGAAAUACCAACCCGUGGUUGUUUGACUUUGUGUCCUUGUGUGUCCUUGACAAUAAAGUACGCCAG